AUGUCGCUCGCGGAGGAACAGGCGCGGAGGGACGAUGAAGUCUACGACGCACUCAUCCGUGAACUCGAGCGCGUCCCGGACGAUGCAAGGGAUGCGGUGGCGUCGUUUUUACAAGAUUUGAGACGCGACGGCGUCGAUUGGUACCGGGUUGGCGACGGUGGCGAGUUUGAUGACAAGGAGAGUUUCUUUCGAACAGUACAUGCGGGGGCGUGCAUGCGGGCUGCGCGCAUUAUGGGUUCAGGAUGUUUGAAGUUCGCGCGCGAGCACGGGUGUCCUUGGAACGAGUGGACUUGCCUGUUUGCCGCCAUGAAUGGAAAUCUGGACUGUUUGAAGUACGCGCACGAGAACGGGUGUCCUUGGGACAACAGGACGUGCGAUAAUGCCGCCCGUUAUGGACAUUUGGACUGUUUGGAGUACGCGCACGAGAACGGGUGUCCUUGGAACUGGGCGACGUGCGAUAAUGCCGCCUAUUAUGGACAUUUGGAAUGUUUGGAGUACGCGCACGAGAACGGGUGUCCUUGGGACGAGAUGACGUGCCUGUUUGCCGCCAAGUAUGGACAUUUGGAAUGUUUGAAGUACGCGCACGAGCACGGGUGUCCUUGGGACGUGUCUACGUGCCAGGCUGCCGCCGAGUAUGGACAUUUGGACUGUUUGCGAUACGCGCACGAGAACGGGUGUCCUUGGGACAAGCGGACGUGCGAUAAGGCCGCCUAUUAUGGACAUUUGGAGUGUUUGAAGUACGCGCACGAGCACGGGUGUCCUUGGGACAACAGGACGUGCGAUAAUGCCGCCCGUUAUGGACAUUUGGAAUGUUUGGAGUACGCGCACGAGAACGGGUGUCCUUGGGACGAGAUGACGUGCCUGUUUGCCGCCUCGAAUGGACAUUUGGAAUGUUUGAAGUACGCGCACGAGCACGGGUGUCCUUGGGACUAUUGGACGUGCUAUAAUGCCGCCUAUUAUGGACAUUUGGAGUGUUUGAAGUACGCGCACGAGCACGGGUGUCCUUGGGACAACAGGACGUGCGAUAAUGCCGCCCGUUAUGGACAUUUGGAAUGUUUGAAGUACGCGCACGAGAACGGGUGUCCUUGGGACGAGGUGACGUGCGAUAAUGCCGCCUAUUAUGGACAUUUGGAGUGUUUGAAGUACGCGCGCGAGAACGGGUGUCCUUGGAACGAGAAGACGUGCAUGGAUGCCGCCGAGAACGGACAUUUGGAAUGUUUGAAGUACGCGUGCGCUCACGGAUGUCCAGGCUCCGAUCGGUACGCCGAGGCGCUGAACGAAGUCGUCAUCCCAGACGUCGACGAGUCAUUCGGCGUCGAAGUCGCGCUCGCGUUUCAACAAAACGGCGGCGAGAUCUCCAUGCGCGAGUUCCUGCCGUUAUGGGUAGCGCACAGAGAAGGUUACCGCGACGCGCACUUAGAAAUCGCUCGAAACUGGAUAGCUCACGAUUGA